AGGUAGACGACCGACGGAGGAGCCCUGCAGCCAGACAGACGCCAGACACCAGGGAGCGGCGGCCGUUCGUAGAGUGCCUGCAUCUCCAGGCAUUGCACCAUCCGCUCGCGUGGCCAUCCCGUCCAGCAUCAUCGCAUCGCCUUGCACACGGGGCAUCGAGACAUCAUCCCGACAUCAUCCCACCUCGUUACUGUUCUGAGCCCAAGCGCGCGACGAGAUUCGCUAGGUCGUCCGGCUUGCGCUGCGUGAGUGCAGGGGGACUGCAAGGAAAACAACAGCUGACAGCUCUUUGCUUCAAUCGACAGUCUACCCGGGAACCACACCUUCCACCUAAUACCUACAUCCUCGUCUGGCCCAGUCCUCUGCGCAAAUACGAUCGCUACGACGACGACGAAGAAGACGACGACGACGACGACUCCCUCUACUCUACUAGUCUAUCGCUACCAUAUCUAACAAUGAUGUCCAAUCCUCCUCUAUCCGGCGUCGCCCGCCCACGACAGCGGCUACAUCGGCGUCAAAAUUCGACUCCAUCCGCCUUUGAGGCUGUCAAGAUCGCUCCCUUGCCGACUUUCCCACAACAACAGCAUCAACGCCCUCACAUGGGCCAUCGACGAGGCGUUAGCCUGGAUACCAGGCGUCACCCUCUCAUGUCUUCAACAAUCACAACCACGUCCCAGCAAGACUACUCAACCCUUGUCAGCACGACGGGCCCAGACACAGGAAUACCCACGAGUCUGCCAGCGGCACCACAGGAUAUCCUAGCACAACAGCAACACCAGGCGCACCUUAUAGCACGCCCUAGCUCCAGCCAAACCGACUACAGUGACCUGUCGAGUGACAGCGGCGACUCGUUUCUACUAUCGCCCCAUGGCACACCACAUCAACGAAACCACUUCAUGGAUGGAUUGGCCUCGCAGGGCCCGAUACCCGAACUGUCUCUGUCCUACGAUACCUACAUAGAUCCCAACUUUGACGCCAUGAUGAAGAGGAACCAGGUCAGCUAUGACAGCAACAACAAUAAUGUCAUGGCUUCAUCAUCCUCCGCAACCCCAAAUUUUGACUUUUUUGCCUCGGAGGCGGCGCUCUCUACUCCGAACUUUAUGAGCUUUCCAGACCAAAGCCCCGCAGGGACGGGACAAGGAGGCUGGAUAUCAGAGGGCGAGGCAUCCAACACCCAGUUGCGCCGAGCGUCAAGGCGGGUAAGCGUUGGAUUAAACAACAGCCUCAUAGACAAACUUGCAAAGUACGAGCCUAUGGCGAAUGGGCAGAGGCCAGAAACACCUCCCAUGCACAAUGCCGCCGGUAAGCUCGCAGGAUCUGACGUGUUGAGCGGGAAUACUGAAAAUGAGGCAGGAUUCUAUCCCCCAACACCCAUGGAAACGCCACACGAUCGCUUCAUGAAACAACAAGCAACACAGCAGCAGCAGCAGCAGCAGCAACAGCAACAGACACUAAGGCCCAGCAGGUUUGCAGACGAUUACGACGAGUCUAUGGAGGAAACACUCAAACCCAUACGAGGGCACCGAAGCAAUCGCAACUCGGGCAUUUUCCAGGAACUGCGCCAGCAGGCGGAGGCUAUGGCUGCUGCUGCACCUGCAACGUCCCAAGCCGACAGCAUGCCCACGACCUUCCAAUCGCACACGCUUCCUGCAGCUCAAGACGAAGACUUGUUGAGGAUCCACUCUGACUUCAUCAAGCUGGAGCAUGGUUUCACUUUCCCUGACAUGGGGUCGCAGAUGGGGCCACAGAUGGGAUCUCAGAUGCAGGGUCUUGGGGGGAUGAGCCCUUUCGACAACAAGCCGGACCUUGGACCUCCAUCAGAAUAUGGCGAUGCUGAUCCACAAGCCUCCAGUCGCCAGAGUUCAGUUUCUCCCUCGCGCCGCGGCUCCCCGCACCGAAGAACCGACUCGAUUGCCUCCAUCGCCAGUGCUGCCAGCAUUGCUAGCAUCAACAUCGAAGAGACCAAGACCGAAACUGGCGUGACUCUCGACGACAUUGCCCAGUACAUUGAAGGUCCCGAUCCCGCCGAUGGCAAAUGGGUGUGCACGUACGAAGACUGUCGGAAACGGUUCGGCCGCAAAGAAAACAUCAAGAGCCACGUACAGACACACCUUAAUGACAGGCAAUACCAAUGUCCAACCUGUAAAAAGUGCUUUGUGCGCCAACACGACCUCAAACGCCACGCCAAGAUCCACACGGGCAUCAAGCCAUACCCAUGCGAAUGCGGUAACAGCUUCGCGCGGCAUGAUGCACUCACACGACACCGGCAGCGGGGCAUGUGCGUUGGUGCUUUUGACGGCAUCGUGCGUAAGGUGGUCAAGCGUGGCCGGCCACGGAAGAACAGGCCGGAUAUGGAGGAGAGAAAGGACAAGAGCGAUCGCACGAGAGAUCGGUCAAGGAGCCAUCAUUCGACCAGCAGCUCCGUCAGCAGCUUUUCAGGCUAUUCCGAUAGCUCGGUGCCCAACUCUCCCGGGAACGACUACGAUCAUAUAAUCGACGACGAACAGUUUCCGGGCUUGUUGGAUAUGCCAAUGGGAAAUGUUCCAAAUCUGCCGCCGAGCAUUGUAUCGGGUCAUGCGGGUCAUGGGCAUGGUGCGAUGCCUAGUUCAUCGACGAUGAACCCGGCUGCAGCUACCAUGUCGGUAUCAUCAGUGUCUUCAGCGCCCAUGCCGAGCUUCGAUCCGAGGGUUAAUGAAGUCAUGAACGUGGACUCACCAGCAUCGAGAAACUACGCCAAUUCGCCGUCAGCUGUGAGUAGCUAUAGUCAUGCUAGCCACCCGUCGAUAUCGAUUACCGAACAUCACGGACCAGGGUCGGAUUUUGGGCUUCCCAAAUCACAGAAUGCUGCAUCGCCAGCCAAGAGUGCUGUGAGUCACUAUACGCCGCCGGAGUUGUCGAGUAGCUCGUCACCACCCACGCAUACCCAGCAGCAACAAGGCAAUCAGGGACCAACGUACUACGAUAUGGAUCCUAGCCAUGGCAGCAUGUCCAACAUUCCAGGUCCCGCCACAAGCAUGGGGAUGGGCGCGGCGGUCGGUCCCACCCACGUCGAUCCAACGAACAUGCUUCUGCAUGGGUAUGAGCAUCAAAUGGAUCAGAACUUGAUGCUCGGGAACUUGGACGGUAUGACCAAAUUCGAGGUCAUGGAGGGGUACGAUGCAGCGGCCGAAGUAAACAUGUUUGGGGAUGCCCAUGAAGGCGAUGGGAGUGGUCAUGAUGGGAGUAAUAUGUACUUUGGGUCAUGA